AUGGAUAAAGCCACCAAGAGAUCCGUGGAUGACACAUACAACGAGAUCGACUAUACCCUCCCUGACUCGAAGCGGUUGAGACCGGGUAUUGACAACGAUCGUAACAAUGCUUUCCCGCAAGACCGGACAGAAUCAGUACUGUCAUGCGAAGACUACACUAUCGCUUGGGUCUGCGCACUUCACAUCGAGAUGGCUGCGGCUGAAGCUAUGUUGAGCAACAUUCACGAGAGCCUACCGACACAUAUCGAUGAUACUAAUACAUAUACCUUCGGGAGUAUUGGCAUGCACAACGUCAUCAUUGCAUGCCUUCCAUCAGGGCACUAUGGAACUAACAACGCGGCAACUGUAGCGAACAAUAUUCGCAGAAGUUUCCCUUCUAUACGACUGAGGCUUAUGGUUGGAAUAGGUGGCGGAGUCCCUGGCAAGGCUGACGUGCGUCUGGGAGACGUGGUAGUUAGCGAUCAAGUUAUUCAGUACGACUUCGGCAAAACUGUUGACGGCGGCCAGUUCAUACCCACAAGCAUUCCAUAUAGACCGCCUCAGGAUGUUAUGACGGCCGUCUCCAAGCUACGCGCAAGUCAUGAGCAAGACGGCAGUCGAAUUUCGACCAUCCUCGCCGAUAUGCUCUCACGAAAACCAGCAAUGACCGCUUAUGCUUAUCCGAGCAGGCUUGAGGAUUUGUUAUUUGACGGUGGAUAUGACCACUCUCAAUCGACGGAGGAUUGCAAGCAUUGCGAUCGAUCGAAGUUGGUAGCGCGCGACUGUCGACCGGACAACAGCCCAAAGAUUCACUACGGACUCAUUGCUUCUGGAAAUCAGGUUAUGAAGCAUGGAAAGACACGGGACAAGGUGUCUCGGGACCAGAACGCUCACGGCCCUGGCGUUCUUUGUUUUGAAAUGGAAGCGGCAGGGUUGGCGGAUAGUUUUCCGUGUCUUGUUGUUCGUGGAAUCUGCGACUAUUCAGACUCGCAUAAAAACAAGGGAUGGCAACGAUAUGCAGCCGCAGCAGCGGCAGCAUACGCCAAAGAACUCCUUCAUGUUAUACCUGCCGUCAAUAUGCGAAGGACUUCGGCGGUGACUGCUGUUGGCAAGUAUUACACAACCGGUCAAAGGACAUGCUUUUCUGACAACCCCGCAGAACAGAUAUCAUCGCGAGAGCAUCGGAAAGUUAUAUUAGACUCUCUGAGGUUUGAACAGAUCGACUCUCGACACUCAAACAUAAAGGCGGUUUAUUCUAAAACCUGCAAGUGGCUGCUCCAGCAUCCUGACUACACAGAUUGGCUGGACCAGGACAAGUUCAAUAGCCAUCACGGCUUCCUAUGGAUCAAUGGAAAGCCUGGAUCAGGAAAGUCAAGUUUGAUGAAAUUUGCUUUCACUAAUGCACAACGCAACACUGGUAUAAAUGCGGCCACUGUCUCGUUCUUCUUCAAUGCUAGAGGAGAUACCCUUGAGAAGACGACCGCAGGAAUGCUCCGUUCCAUUCUACUCCAGGUUCUUGAGAAGCUCCCGGACCUCCAAGAUGUACUCGAUGGCAUAAAACGUGUGCCUCAGAAUCAGACUGGCUCCACUAUGUGGGAAGUGGAGGUGCUUCAACGGCUUUUCUCCUCUGCAGUCUCACGACUCAACAAACGACGCGUCACCUGCUUUAUUGAUGCUCUGGACGAGUGCAAUGAGCGCGAAGUACGAGCUAUGGUGGAUUUCUUCGAGGCUUUGGGAAAUGAGGCCAGUGAACUUAAGAACAGGCUCUACAUCUGUUUCUCCAGCCGUCAUUACCCAUAUAUCGAUAUCCAGCACGGGAAGCAAUUGAUCCUUGAAGACCAACCAGACCAUGGCGAAGAUCUAAAGAGAUAUGUUGAAGGUCGAUUGAGAACAGGAAAUGGACCGUUGGUCGAAGAAAUCAGGAACAAGAUACUCGAGAAAGCGGCCGGCGUUUUCAUGUGGACAGUUCUCGUCGUCGAUAUUCUCAACAAAGAGUUUGAACGAGGACGCAUCUUUGCAGUCAAAUCCAGACUGCAAGAAAUUCCCAGCCAGUUAAGCGAAUUGUUUAAAGACAUGUUGAGGAGGGAUAACGACAAUAUGGCCGAGCUGCUGCUGUGUAUACAGUGGAUACUUUAUGCAAAGCGGCCCUUGAAGCAUGAAGAAUUCUACUUCGCAGUGGUCUCCGGCGUAUCUUCCGAGGCUUUGGCCGAAUGGAAUCCGGAAUACAUCGGCACAGACGACAUGGGACGUUUUGUGCUGAGCUCUUCCAAAGGACUUGCAGAGGUUACAAGAUCUAAAAGCAAAACGGUCCAGUUCAUCCACGAAUCGGUGCGAGACUUUUUGAUCAAGGAUAAUGGCCUCCGUGAUCUAUGGCAUGAGCUCGGAGAAAACGUUGAAAGCUUAAGCCACGAUCGACUGAAGCAGUGCUGCCUUGCCUAUAUCAGUGUUGACACGUCAGGGUCCUUACCAAGCAGUAGCUCACCUACAAGCAUGACGCUUCCCAAAGCAUCAUCGAAUGAAGCGAAAACUAUGCGAGAGUCGGUUUCGGCAAAGUUUCCUUUCCUGGAAUACGCUGUCCACCAGGUCUUCUAUCAUGCCAAUGAAGCAGCGGCUGGGUUACAGCAAAGCACUUUUCUGGACAAGUUUCCUCUUCAAGCUUGGAUCAAUCUUGAUAACCAACUUGAAAAACACAAAAUCCGCCGUCAUACGCCAAGUGCAACUCUUCUGUAUUUGUUUGCUGAGAAGAACUGGACAAGGCUAAUGUCAACGCAAUUGGACCGUGAUCCUCGAAUCGGUUUACAGGGAGAGCGGUAUCGAUAUCCACUUUUCGCUGCCAUUGCCAAUGGACAUUGCAAUGCGGUUGAAGAAAUACUGCAGCACGGCACGAGUUUCCCGACAGAUGUUGAUAUUUCUCUGCAGAUAGAGGAUGGGCGAAAUUUUGUGGUUCCGAAAGACAAGGCCCUACUCUCAUGGGCUGCACACAAGGGAGGUGAGGGUAUGGUGAAGCUACUUCUCGCCACAACCGCGGUCAACGUCGAUGCCAAAGACCGUAGCGGUAAUACAACACUCUUAUGGGCAGCGAAAAACGGACAUGAAAAUAUUGCAAGGCUGCUACUCGACACAAACAAGGUUGAUGUCAACAUAAAAAAUAACAGCAAUCAGACACCGCUUUUGUGGGCUGUAAGACAAGGCCAUGAGGGUGUCGCGAAGCUACUUCUCGCCGAAGCUGCAGUUGACGUUAGUAUCAAAGACGAAAGCGGUGAUACAUUACUCUUUUGUGCUGUAAAAAGUGGGCAUGAGGGUGUUGUAAAGUUGCUUCUCGCCAGAGACCCAAUCGAUAUCAAUAUGAAAGACAACAACGGCGAUACAAUACUCUGGUGUGCUGCAAAGCAUGGGCAUGAGGGCGUUGUAAAAUUGCUUCUUGCUAAAGAUGCAAUUGAUGUCAAUAUGAAAGACAACAACGGCGAUACAAUACUCUGGUGUGCUGCGAAGCAUGGGCAUGAGGGUGUUAUAAAAUUGCUUUCCGACACAAACAGGGUCGAUUUCAAUAUGAGAGACAGUAACGGCCAGACAUUACUAUGUUGGGCUGUAGAAAACAUGCAUGAGAGGAUUGUCCAGGUGCUGCUUGAUACUGAUCGAGUUGACCCAAACGCUGAAGAUAAGUACGGGCACACGCCGCUAUUAUUGAGUUUUCGAGCAGCGAAGGCUCUACAGAUACCACCGCUGAUUAAGCCCCGUAUGCCAACACAUUUUCAAAGUACAGCUCUUGAAGAUUACCAGAUGCAACUUAUACUUCUUGAGCAGCAAAACAGAAAGCGGACACUGAUGGCGCGGCCCCAAAUAGUUGUUCUCCGAAUGCUGCUCAAUAACGAUCGAGUCGACACAGACGUUGAAGAUGAGAACGGAUGGACGCUGCUGUCGUGGGCGGCAAAGCAUGGUCACGAGAUAAUUGUCGAGCAGCUACAGAAGCGUUCAUGA